AUGGUGCUUGUGCGCAAAUGCCGUCCUUGUACUUGCGGGGCCGACCUUGAGCCUGAUUGGACUCUCCGGCGUCCUGGCGAGCUACGGCUGGUUCCGUCCGGAUGGGCAUGUGCUAGAAAAACUCUCGAAAGCAUUGUUCAAUGCAAUUGUAUUGGUGGACGUGGCGUUCCAGGUGCUCAAUGCACUGUUGUUUUGUGGCUUGAUCGGCCCACGACAGUGGGAAGAUCCUCUAAGCGCCUUCCGCGAGCUCGCCAGUUCGUCCGGCUUCAGCACAGCUUCACAGCGGAUUGCCUUUCCGGGGAAGAUCAACCUUGGAGCUCGCGACUGCAUCGUUUCUUUCCCCGGCAAGUAUAG